AUGGAGCCCAGUACACAGAGCCAUGAAGCUGCGCCCGUGGACGACAGACGACAUCUAGCUGAUGAAAGCGAUGAUUGUGUCCAAAUGUCUAAAGAAUCGAUUGAACUCAUGAUUCAACCCGCGCCGCGCUCUCACACGUCGGCUCAAAUCGUUGCAACUUCCGCCAAUACGAAUUUGGCGGAUCUGAAAGGGAUCCCAGAAGCUAUCUUCCCACUUCCACUCGAAUUGCUUUCCCAAAUCGUACGCAUUCAUGUGCUCGAGCACAAGGGCUCCAUCUGGGUCCCAAUGCACGUAUGCAGGGCAUUUAGAUCAGCCACUCUGCUCAAUAGCAAGCUCUGGAACUCGUUGUCAAUCCCAACCGAGAGCCAGAGCUACCACAGAGUAGCAACGACCAUGACAAUGUGCGCGACUGAAGACCAGCUGGCUUGCGCAUUAUCAUAUUCUCAAUCAUCCACAUUCGACCUCGAGAUUCAUCCCUCUCCCGCUCUAUUUACCAAGUUGCUGCCCCUCUUUAAUGCCAAUAAGCCGGGCGCGCAGAUCCGUUCACUCUACGCGCAUCGCCUGAAGCAAAUCCCGGAAGACCUGUAUGAUCAAUGGGAUCUAUCAAGUCUCGAGAUUCUGGACACUCAAGAUCCGGUCUUAGUGAAGAGGGCGUGGCAAGAUUCAAAAGUCAUUCACACACUGAGAACAGACAUGUCCAUUUUUCUUCAACUUGAGAUCAUGGGAUCUCAGUCAACAAUCUGCGAGCUAGGGUUGGAUGGGGACGACAGCAUGCCCACAUUUCCACCUAUAUUGGACGCCUUUGAGUCACUAACUACCUUGCGGAUUACUUGUUGGUACUUUAUUCCCCCCAAAAUACAUCUGCCGCGACUUCGAAGCCUGACAUUGUCCGGUGUCGCGCCUUUUUGGCCAUUCGAGUGUCCAAUCCUCGAAUACUUGAGUCUCUCAUCACCAAAGCCACCAGAUGACAAUGAAAUCAUUCACCUUCCAAGUGUCAAAGAGAUCCACUUCAUUGACAUUGGCUGGAUUCUACAUUUCGACCUCCCGGCGGUCGAGAUUGUUACCCUGGUAGAACAUAACAGGACGGAAGCGGAAUUGGUACUAGAUAUGAUAUUUCCUACCAGCGUCAAUUCUCAAGGUUUGAUGCCGCCGUUGAACCCCUUGGUCGUUGACUUUCGUUUGCUCUCUAUUGACAUGGACCCCCUUAUCCUACUACUUCGCCGACUCAAUCGAUGUGUCAAACUUGUCAUUGGGCCUAAUGCCAUUGACCACAGCUUCCUCGAUGUCUUGUGCCCCCUUUGGGACGAAGAGGCAGAGUUAGAAGCUGCAGAGUUGAGAAAUAAUAUUCCACUCCCAACUCUGGAACAUCUUUGCAUCGAUUUCUGGCACAUUAUCGAUAAUCUGACUUGGGAACUUGCAGACCGAGAGUCCGCAGAGGCAGAAUUGCGGGCGACUUUCACUGAAGCUUGCCUCGAUUUUCUGGAGCGAAGGAAGAAAUAUGGGUGCCCUCUGAAGCGGCUUGAAAUCACUUUCUCUAGUAACGACCUCGAUGAUGCUUGGUUUACACUUGUUUAG